UGAUUGCUUCCCUUUGCUUUAUAAAUAGGUCUUAACAUCUUCUUCAUUUCAUGUCCCAACAUUUUUGCUUGUGCCUCUUUGAAACCUCCCACCUCCCCAAUCUCUCUUUUAUAGUUUUCCGUUAAAUUUUUGCAACUUCUUCAUGGCCUGCUGCAAGCAUGAGGAUGUGACCAAGAAGCCUGCAGAAGAAACCCCAGAGAUAACUCCAACUGUUGAUGAAGCUGUGCUCUCACCAGUCAAUCAAGACACUAUCACUCCACUACCUUCAGAAUCGGACACCAUGGAACCCAAAGAAAUGUUACUAUCAGAUGAAGAAAAAGAGAGGAACUCAGCAGAAGAAGAGAAGCUGGAGGAGUCGCCCAUCGACGAGGAAGCUGCCCACAAUUCCUCUGUUGAAGCAGCCUUUGGUGCCACUGAAUUCACUGAAGACGACGAUGAAGACAACGAUGAAGAUUAAUCAUGGUUUUAAGAAAAGGGAGUUGUGUCUUCUGAGCAAGCCAAUAUCGUGGAGAAUACUAGGGUUUUGAGUGGUUGCUUGUAUUGCUUCUUAAUUAUCUGCUUAUUAGGCCAAAGAAGUGAUUAAUAAUUAUGAAGUAUUUUUAUGUGUUGCUUGUGAUCAGGGUUCUUCUUUAUAGAAUUUAAGUAAUGUUAUGGGUUUUGUUUGUACCCAGUUUGGGUUUAAAAUGUUGUAUUGAGUGAUAUUUUCUCUGUUUUAUGUACUUGUUCAAGUUAAUAGUUUUUGAGGUUUGUAUAA